CUCAAAAUUGAACGGCCAACAAGGCGCCACGUAUGUAAUGAAAUUUUAUUUCCCGCCAAAAAUAAUCUGACCGCGCAAUUAGUAUAAAUAAAACACGGCCACCGCCACCAGCCACACCAGUGCCAAAACCCUCUCUCUACCGGCAUCAAUGGCGCCUCCAAAGCUAACAGAAUACGAGAAGAAGAGGCUCGAAAACAUUCGUCGGAACGACCAAAUGAUGGCCGCCCUCAAGAUCCACUCGACUGUCUCUCAACUCUCUGCAGCUACCAAGCGCCAAAAAGUUGGAUUAUCCAAGUCCUAUAAAUUGAGUCCAGAGAAGAAAGUCGCCAAAUCCCAGUCCCCGAUUGUCAUUCGGCGGUCACUACGCACGAGAGGAAUGCCGCCUGAUUCAGGAGGUUUAGAUUACUCUGUUGAGACUCCUGAUAGAAGUCCGACGCGAAUCAGUAAACCAAGGCCUUCGCCGCGUGUUAUGGGACCGCUUAGUAUGAGGGAUGCCUACAGUGGAACAGAGUCUGAUCGAGCUCUAAUAGACACGAUUCUGUUUCUUGAAAAGAAGCCCCAAGUGGAUGUUUCAAUUAAAAAGAAAUUUGAUAGAUGUGAGGCUGUAAAGAUGGAGCAAAGUGAUGGAAUUUCGCAUGAUUCAGUUAAGGGUGUGGUUAAAGAUGAGUAUUUGGACUAUGGAAUUAAGAUAGACGAUAAGGAAACUGAGAGUUGUGUUGAUGUGUGGUCAAUGGGCUUGAAAAAGGAGAAUAUAGCAAGAGUUUUGCCAGGGAGGAUAAUGGCAGUGAGGUUUUUGCCUUGUAAUGAUGUGAGGAUGAUUGUCGCAGGGAAUAAGUUUGGCAACGUUGCAUUUUGGAAUAUGGAUAGUAAAGGGGAAGAGGGGGAUGGGAUAUUUUUGUAUCGCCACCACACUGGUCCCAUUUCGGGGAUUUUGUGUCAGCAAUCUUGCUUGUCCAAGAUCUAUACCAGCUGCUAUGAUGGCUUUCUUCGGUUGAUGAAUGCUGAGAAGGAAGUAUUUGAUCUGGUAUACUCAGGUGAUGAUGCUAUAUUUUCACUCUCCCAACGACCAAAUGACAUGAAUGGCUUAUAUUUUGGUGAGGGUCGUGGUGGAGGAUUGAAUAUCUGGGAUGAGAGGACAGGAAGAUUUUCUUCCCAGUGGAUUCUGCAUGAAGACAGAAUCAACUCCAUAGAUUUCAAUUCACAAAAUCCUAACAUUAUGGCCACUAGUUCCACAGAUGGGACUGCUUGCCUCUGGGAUUUAAGAAGUGUAAAUGCAGAUAAGGCGAAAAGUUUAAAGAUACUAAACCAUAAUAGGGCUGUGCAUUCUGCUUACUUCUCACCUUCUGGAAGCUUCCUAGCAACAACAAGUGCUGACAACACUGUCGGUAUACUAGGUGGUGUUAAUUUUGAGGACACUUCUAUGAUAUACCAUUAUAAUCAGACAGGCAGAUGGCUUUCUCCUUUCAGAGGAAUAUGGGGUUGGGAUGAUUCAUCUAUCUUCAUUGGCAAUAUGAAACGAGGAGUUGAUGUCAUCUCUUGCUCACAAAGAAGAUCAAUUUUGACUCUACAAAGUUCCCACAUGUCUGCUAUUCCAUGCAGAUUUGAUGCACAUCCUUGCAAGGUCGGAAUGCUAGCAGGAGCAACUACUGGGGGCCAGGUUUACGUUUGGACUUCUAGCUAGGAAUUGGUUACCUUGUCUAUUGGUAUUUUUAUUUUGUCAAUUAUCAACUUUGGUUUUCUGUCCUGUAGUUGUUUCCCUUCCAUUUCCAUGUAAAUGCUUUGAGGACUAGAAAUUAACUGAUGCAAAAUGACCAUGUCAACUUUCAGAACUUAUGAAUUGAUUUACUGCUUUGGAAGGCAAAA